GUGAAUAUAUUCAUCAAAUAUAAAAUUUUCUCUAAAGCCUUAUAAACCCACUUUGGUAUCAAGUCUCUGAAAGAAAAUUUAAAUUUCAAUUAUUAAGAGGAGAUCAUAGAAAAACUGGUGCUUAACGAAUUUUUAUAAUAAUAAAUAGUACUAAUAAUAUAUUUUACUUAAUUUAUUGUGGGUAUUUAUUUAAAUUAAUAAUUCAACGCAUUCCAGUUUCUGCUUUUGUGUGUCACUUUCUUCAAUGGCUAGUCAAAGGAAAUGGGUUUCUUGGUUUGGCUUUGCAUUCAAAACAAGGUCAAAACUCACACCUAAAAGACCACUCUCCAAUCUCCCAUCACUGUUCAAUCUCUCUCUUUCUCUCUCUAUCCCAAGAGACUUUUACUUCAAUUUUUUUUUUUUUUAAAAAAGGGCUUGUUGGGUUGGUUCUUGUGAUUGAAAGCUAAUGAAACAGGAAACCAGGGGGAAGAAACCCAACAAGCACAAGAGCCAGAAGAAGAAGAAGAAGCAGACGACCAGGAUUUUCUCGUCGUCCAAACAAGAAGUUGUGGUUGCCAUGUUGUCCAAGUUCUCUCUCCUUCUUGUCCUUCUAUUGCUCUUUUCUGGUGCUUUUGAAGCGAUUGAAGGAGUUCAUGAGCAUAAGAAGAAUUUAAAUUCCAAUAUCUCAACUGUUGCCGGAAUCGAAUUGCCUGAACAUAUGACCUUCAAUGCAGUUUCUUCUUCACCAAUGAAAACAGACUGCAAGCUCUCCAGGUCAAGGAAAGACCAACCAACACAAUCAAUAGCUGCCCAAGAAGAGGAAGAUGACAACGACGACGAUGAUGAUGAUCUUGAUGUUUAUGUUCAUGGCGAUGAAGGAAAAGAUUCAAAAACGGUGAAACUCGAGUUAAAACGCAGGCACAGGUCGAUGAAUCAAGAAUCUAAAGCAGAGGAAUCUUUCAUAGCUUCAACCACUCGGGAUUUGACCAGAAUUCAGACUCUACACAAGAGGAUCACAGAAAAAAAGAAUCAAAAUGCCAUUUCAAGAUUAACCAAAGGUAUGAAGGAGCAAAGGGAACUUUUGAAGCAACCUGUGGUUGCCCCAGCAGCAUCACCGGAAUCUUAUUCAACUGGGAUUUCAGGGCAGCUCAUGGCGACCUUGGAGUCAGGGGUGAGCCUUGGCUCUGGAGAAUACUUUAUGGAUGUUUUCAUUGGUACCCCACCUAAACACUUCCCUUUGAUUCUUGAUACUGGUAGUGAUCUUAAUUGGAUUCAAUGUGUUCCAUGCCAUGACUGUUUUGAGCAAAAUGGGCCUUACUAUGAUCCUAAGGAGUCAACUUCUUUUAAAAAUAUAAGCUGCAAAGAUCCUCGUUGCCAUUUGGUUUCUUCCCCUGAUCCUCCCCAGCCUUGCAAGGCUGUGAACCAAACUUGUCCUUAUUUCUAUUGGUACGGUGAUAGUUCAAACACAACAGGUGAUUUUGCAGUAGAAACCUUCACUGUUAACCUCACAUCGGCUGCUGGGAAUUCAGCAUUUAAGCGAGUAGAGAAUGUGAUGUUCGGUUGCGGCCAUUGGAACAGAGGCUUGUUUCAUGGAGCUGCAGGGUUGCUAGGACUUGGAAGAGGACCUCUUUCAUUUGCCUCUCAGCUUCAAUCUCUAUAUGGCCAUUCAUUUUCAUAUUGCCUUGUUGAUAGAAACAGUGACUCCAAUGUUAGCAGCAAAUUGAUCUUUGGAGAAGAUAAGGAUCUCUUGAGUCAUCCUGAGUUGAAUUUCACUUCAUUGGUUGCUGGGAAAGAAAACCCAGUUGAUACAUUUUAUUAUGUUCAAAUAAAAUCGAUCAUGGUCGGAGGAGAGGUGCUGAACAUACCUGAAAAAACUUGGAAUGUCUCCUCUGAUGGCGCCGGCGGCACGAUUGUGGAUUCCGGUACUACACUCAGUUAUUUUGCAGAACCAGCUUAUCAGAUUAUAAAGGAUGCAUUUGUGAAGAAGGUUAAAGGCUACCCAGUAUUAAAAGAUUUCCCAAUUCUGGAUCCUUGUUAUAAUGUCUCUGGAGUUGAGAAGAUGGAGCUGCCUGAAUUUGGAAUCCUGUUUGCAGAUGGAGCAAUGUGGAACUUCCCAGUUGAAAACUACUUCAUCCGGUUCGAACCAGAGGAAGUUGUUUGCUUGGCAAUUCUGGGGACUCCUCAAUCUGCUCUUUCCAUAAUUGGAAAUUAUCAGCAGCAGAAUUUCCACAUCUUAUAUGAUACAAACAAGUCUAGGCUGGGAUUUGCACCAAUGAACUGUGCAGAUGUAUAACAAUUUUCUAGGACUGAAGCGGUAGGAGGAGAAGAGAUACACAGUCAUUGAAGAUUCUGGUGGGCAAUUUUUGGUUUUUUUCUUUCAAAAUAGGCCUCGUUUUACAGAAAGUUAGAUUCAUUUUUUUUUUCUUCUUAAUUUUUACAUAAUUAUACUCACAAAAGUAUAUCAUUACAGUUAAUGUUUCCAUUUCCAUACACUGAAUGUCUUAUCACAUAAUCUUCCAGUGAUGAAUCUUGUUGUGUCAUCUGAUUGGUGAUUGAUUGUUAC